UGUAGUGGACGUGGUAAUUGUAAAGAAUAUGUUGUUAGUCCUAGUCUUAUUAUAUAUAGCACCUGUGUCUGUUCUGCUGGGUGGCAAGGAUAUGGGUGUACUGAUGGUAGUAAAGCAUAUAGUGUUGGCAGACAACUAGAGGAAGUGUUAUUAUUAACACUUAGUAAUCUGUUCUUUAUACCUGGAAUCUGCCUAGCAUUAAAACGUAGAUAUUAUGUAGAGGCUUUAGUCUAUACAUACAAUAUGUUUUUCUCUACGUUUUAUCAUGCCUGUGAUGGAGAUAGAGAGGAUGUAUAUACAUUGUGUAUAAUGAAAUAUAAUGUUUUAAGUUUCUGUGAUUUCCUGGGUUCUGUGUGUUCAUUAUGGGUGACAGUGGUUGCUAUGGCAAGGGUUUAUUCUCCUGUGACGGUAUUGCUACAAGUAUCAGCACCAUUGUUUUUAGUUGUGGGGGUUUUAUAUGAUAGAACCAGUUUGUAUGUUAUUGCUGUUCCCUUGUUAUUAGCUCUAGUUCUUAUGGCUAUAUCAUGGGGUGUACGAUGCAAAAAGAGAAAAACAUGCUAUCCAACUUGGCGAAGAUAUCUUUUCUGUUUACUACCAGGGAUUUUAAUAGCUGCCACUGGUGCCUUCAUAUUUGCUUUUGCAGAAACAGAAUCUAAUUAUAGGUUCAUACACAGUGUUUGGCAUAUGACCUUAUCACUUAGUAUAAUAUUUCUCCUUCCAUCCCGCAAUAAUAAAAAAGUGACAAGUUUUAUAUGAAUGGUAAUGGAAUGUCAACAAAUGGUGGUGAGUCAUCUGAUAACGACUCAGGACUAUGUUUAAUUGCUGCCAGUCGUACCACAAAUUCUAAUAAUGUUAAUCUAAUACUUUAAUUCUAUAUCAAAGGGAACUUUUAAAAUGUUGUACUUUUAACCAUUUACAUUUAUAAUCAUAUUUUAGAUUAAAAUUCUAGAGUAUUUAAAGAACUAUAAUUCUUUAACUAUCAUUUAAAAUUAUUAAAACAAAAAAGGACUCUGUAGCUACAUUAUACUUGUUCAGUACAAAAUAAGAUACAGCUAGUUAAAACUCUUUAUUUUUGUCUAAUUUAGUGAAUAGACGACUAUACCCCUUUAGAGCAUUCCUUUUGUCUGAACAUUAGACAGAACUAUGUCACUUAGAUUAGAGUUUAUUAUUAUCAAUAUUAUUGUAUAUCCAUAAAUAGUUAUAAAUUGUAUAAAAGAUAAGUAAAAUAUUGUAUUAAAGAUUAGUUAUAAAUUUUAUGAAAGAAAAGUUAUUAAUUUUAUAAAAGAUAAGUUAUUUUGUAUUCAUUAUUUACUUGUUAAUCUGUGAUG